CCGGCCGGCAGCUGUUCUCAUCGUGUCGUCGAGCUAAUCAGUGUGCGAUCCACCCACCGUCACCGUGCGGCGGCACACCCAUCCCCACCCACACUCCACAGUCCACACUCCAGAUCAGAUCCCUCUCCUCCUCCCCCCCUGCCCAGCUGACAGCGACCAGUCAUCCGGCCGGACAGCGACACUCCCUCCCACUCCCGUCGCCACCGUCGCCCUCCGCCGCCGCCGGCCGCCAUGGGCUCCUCCCACCGCCACCUCAUGCGCCUGCUCGACGACCCCUUCUUCCCCUUCCCCCCGCCACCACCCACCUCCCUGGACCUCUACCUCCCCGCCGACCCCUUCUUCGCCCCUCCCUCCCCGCACGCCUUCCUCCUCCACGACCUCACGGACCGCGUGGCGGCCCUGGAGCUCGCGGCCCGCGCGGCGGCCCCGCAGCCGGCGCGCCGCAAGUACACCUACGCGGCCACGGAGCCCGGCGGCCGCAAGGUGAAGUGGACGGCGGAGGAGAAGCCGCGGGGCGGGGGCCGCGCGCUCAAGUGGGAGGCGGAGCUCGCCUCCCCCAACGACGACGGCUUCGACCGCAAGUGGCGGUGGGAGGCCAAGUCCAAGCCCGGCGGCAAGGCCAAGACCAAGUGGGGCACCGAGAUCAAGGGCAAGGGCUCGCUCCAGCCAUGGUCGCACGCCUACACCUGGGAGGAGGACUUCGCCGCCUCCGACGACGACGACGAUGAUGUGCUGGAGAUCGAGGAGCGCAAGCCGGAGAAGACGAAGAAGGAGGACAAGCCCAAGAAGAUCAAGGAGAAUGACGACAAGAAGAAGAAGAAGCCGGCCAGGACGUGCGUCCAGAUCGAGGAGAUCCCCGAGGACAACUCCGCCGGCUGCGACGCCAUCCGCAAGGCGUUUGCCAUGGGGAACGGCAAGGGGAAGGCCAAGGAGCUGUCGCCGCAGGACGCCGCGCUGCUCAUCCAGAUGAACUACAGGGCGCACCUCGCCCACCGCUCCCAGGUGCUCCGCUGCCUGCGCGACCUCGCCGUCGCCAAGGCCAAGCUCAAGGAGCUCAGGUCCCUCUUCUACAACCUCUCCUACAGGCGCCGCCUCUCGCAUGACCACGAGGAGCGCCAGAGGUUCUCCGAGAAGAUCAUUGUCCUGCUGCUCACUGUCGAUGCGCUCGAGGGACCUGACUUCAUGGUGAGGACGGCGAAGAAAUCUAUGCUGGAGGAACUGGAGAGCAUGCUGGAGAUCGUGGACCCGCAGCCUCCAGGGAAGCAGAGGUCGUUCAGCCGCCGCAAGUUUGAUCUUCCAGAGGGCGGAGCAAUCCCGAACGAGAAAACUGCAGGCGUGAACAAUGCUGUCAGGGUCAUCAACACUGGCAAGAGCAAGCAGUAGGCACUAGCGCCUAGUUUAGUGGCUGGUACCAUGGUCGAUCGAUGGAGCUUGUAGCGCCGCCGCGUUGUCUGUGAGAUAGUCCGGUUCAUCUUAGAUUUCCAGUGUCUUUGAGAUUUGAGAAGGAUUGAACUUGUCGUGCACCAUUGUUCGGGAUGUCGUAGCGUGUAUGAUCCGUAUCGUUUGUUUUGGACUUGUUGUACUGUAUGGUGUUGUUGAACUACCAGUAGAAGAGUUUGGUGCCGCCCUCA